AUGGCUAUUCGAACGGCCACCAAAAAGAGAGAAGUUGCUGUCACUUCCGAUUUGUACGAAGUCCUGCAACCUUUUAUUUUUGUAACGAGGGCUUUUGGGUUUAUGCCCAUCGUGUGCAAAAAGAAGGUGUUGGGGUUUGUUGCGGAAUGGUCGAUCGGUUAUACAAUUUAUAGUUAUCUUUUGGGAUUAUUUAUGAUGUUUGUGUCAAUGAAUGGUCUCCAUGAGGACUUUCAUCAAAGUAAUUCGGUUAGAAUGGGUAACACCACGGUGAAAUAUGUCACUCUGAUUGACUUAGGGGAAGUUAUUGUCACUGUAUUUAUUGGAAUUGUUGCUACUCCUUUCAAACUUAAGCAUCUGUGGAAGAUCUUGGACUGCUUUCACAAAAUUGAUAAUGUGCUACCACAGAAAAAAAUUAAAGAGGAACAAAGACAUACUAUCAUUUGUAUUUUGAUAGCUAUAGGGUGUGUUUUGUUUGUCCUCACGUAUGAACUGUAUUUGUGGGGAGAAAUUUCUAACAGAAGUGGAUUAUUGUGGGUUUUUAUGAAGAGAUAUUUCAUUUUAUUUUCUACAUACUUCAUGGUUUUCAUUCAAGAGAUGCCAUACUGGAACUUUACCAGACUUAUACGAAAAAGAAUAGAAGCCUUGAACCACGCUCUUGACGCAGGUUUGGAGAUUUUUAAAUCAUUGACAAAAUUAUGGAUCACGCCUAUCAAAACUAACAAGAAAUCAAACUCGUCAAACUUCGGAAUUCUCAGCCACCAACGCGUUGUCAAUCUCAUGAAGGUCUAUGAACUCAUUGGAGAUUCCGUCGAUGCUACGAACGAUUUUUGUGGCGUCAGCAUUUUGUUUAUAAUGUUCAGUUGUCUCCUUCAUCUCGUCGUCACUCCGUACUUUCUCCUUGUCGAGGUAGCAAACAACGGUUACUUUAUUUUUAUUUUCUUGCAGUUUUCGUGGACGAUGUUGCACUGUGGACGCCUGAUGGUCAUAGUGGAAACUUGUCAGUACUGUCUGGAUGAGCAUCAAAAAACUGUCGAUUUGGUGUUCAAACUUUUAUCAUGCGAAUUGCAAGAGGAUGUUAAAGAUCAGUUGAAAGUUUUUGCCUUGCAGUUGUCGGGAAGAAAAGUUAGGUUUACAUCAUUUUCGAUGAUGAAGAUUAAUCGAUCGCUGUUGACAGCGAUUGGUGGGUCUAUUACGACAUUUCUGGUGAUUUUAUUCCAGUUUGGAAGUGUAGGGAGUGAUGUUUACUACUCCAGGGAUUAA